GCCACCUAGAAGUCACCAGGCUGAUUUUCAGAAAGACUAGUACGCUCCAAAAAUUCAAAAUAUUUGAUAUUUCAUAGAAUUUUAUGAAAAUUGUGAAUAAAAGUAUAUAUAAGAACCGAUAUUGAAAGUUGGUAUCAUCAAGGAAAAUAGAGCUGGAGAGGGAUGUGCAAUAGAAGAAAUGAACAGGUCUUAGUUUAAGGUUGAAUAGAAGUUGUGAACAAUUAUCUGUGAAAAUGUCUGACAUAAGUGAUGAUGAAGAUCCCAUUGACAACAUUGAUUUCUCAGUGAUCAGUAAUUCCAUAGAAGCCGGAGGAAAUACACUUGACCAGAUCCUGAAUGCUGUACAUUAUGGAUCUCCAGAAAUUCGACAUCUUUUACGGGAGUCAUGUGACUUCAUAUUUGAAUGUAAACAUUGCAAGAAUCUUUUCCGCUCCAUACCUAACUUCAUUGCUCAUAAAAGAAUUUAUUGUGGAGAUAAGUCAUUUUUUCAAAACACUCCCAAGAAGAAACCUAAGAAAAAGGAGGAGAUUGUUAUUGUACGUCCAGUUUCUCCGUCCUUGUCCGUUCCUGUGGAAAUAAUUCCAAAGGAAGGAGAAAAAACUGUCUUAGAACAGAUACUGACAGGUUCUUUUCAAGGUAGCUCCGAGGCUUAUAAACACUAUACAGAAGCAGCCACUCAUGUGGAAAAACAAAAAAUGAUUCAAUCUUCUUCCACUGUAGUAACCAGUGCAAUAAAAAACACACAAAAUGCAGUCAAUGUUAAUGUUGUUGAGAAACCGCUUACAUCAGGGAAAGACGUGGUAUCCAAUGCUACAAAUAUUUUAGAAAAAGCAAAAAAAUCAAGAAAACAGGCUCUAACAAAAAUUGUAGAUGGUCUGAAAAAAUCUGCCACAUCUUCAAAUUCAUCACCUAAAAAGAUCAUAGAUAAGAACACUGCCAAAGAUGGUAUUGGUGUUGGUGAAGUUCAGAAUAAAUCUGUUGCGACGGUGGUCAAACCUGUCUUGGAGUCAAAACGUAAAAAUAACAAAACACAAACUAAGGCAGAUAGCACUGUAGUACAGGGACUUAAAGAAAAAGUAGAUAACACUUUGUCUACUGUGAAAUCAGGAAAAACAGAACCAAUGAAAUCAGCAAAAGUUGUUUUGACCCAGUUGUCAGAUAAAGCACAAAUUUCUGAGAAAAGAGACUCGGCUGUGGACAAAUUGUCACAAAAGUCAAAUGAUCCAUCAUCUUUUGCUGAUAACGUCAAAACUGGGAAAUCAGCAGAUAAAUCUCAAACAUUAAAAAUAUCUUUAUCACCAAAUGAUUUAAGGCCUGUCAAAUCACAAAAUGGAUCAGAAUUGUCUGAACUUAGUCAGCUAGGUCACUGUGACCUAGAUAAACUGAAGUGCCUCAUUUGUAACUUACAAUAUACACAGAAGAAAACACUACUCCAACACAUGCAUGUAAUUCAUUCAGACACAAAGAGAAAAUAUCCUUGUAGUAUGUGCAAAAAAAAAUUCGACUAUUUUUGGGGACUGACACGUCACCUUUUGCUGAAUCACAAGAAAUCUAAAGAGGAAGUUGAUCGAAUGAGACCUGAAUUACGGGGUCUUGCAUAUACAGUUAAUGAACUAAGUAAAAUCGAUGAUUCUGAACACACCAUGGACAAAAAUCAAAGUACCAUGAAAACUGCACGUAGGAAGCAAGUUAUGAAAACUAUUGUGAAAAUGAAUACUUGUGAGGGUUGUCAUAAAUCAUUCUGGCAAAAGAAGAACUAUGAAGAGCAUGCAAAACAAUGUGGUUUUUUGGCAGCUGACCAAUCGCAGAAAAAAGUAACAAAAAAGACCCCUACGAAAGAAGAACAUUCUCAGUCACCUUUGACUGAAUCAGUAGCAUCUCGUCGUAAAAAGACUGUCCAAAAGUUGGCUGAAAGUAGGGACACUAAAGACUCUGAGGAUGACAUUUGUGACAAUACAUCAGAGGUUGCUAGUGAUAAUGGAGGAAAAUUUGUGGACAGAAGAAAAGCGGCAUCAGUACACAGAGUAAGGGUUGGUGGGAAAUUUGUUUCCAAGGAUUUUCAGCAGAAGAUGCAGGAAAAGGUAGAGCAAGAAACAGAUACUAACAGAACUGAAAUGAAAGAAAAAAUGAACGAGAAUAAAUCAAAUGCUAGCAAAAAUAAACUUGUGAAAAAACUGAAGGAAAAGUCUCGUACAUAUGUUCCUGCUCAGAGAUUCAUCAGUACAAGAAGAUCAGCUGAGUUUUAUCACUCACCUGCCCAAAGGACACGGUUCCAUGACAAAAGGAGAGCAGUUGUGUCCAGUCCAAAGAAAGAUUCACCAAGUAAAUCUAGGAAAGCAUGUGAAAAAAUGUCUGAAUCAGGUUCUGAGUCUUCUACUAAACAAUCUCCUGAACAGAAGUCAGAACUGGAACUUGCAAGACGUAAUCUAUUACAAGCAAUAGAAAAAGGCAGGAUGAAAGAGGACGACAACACAACAGAGAAAACAGGAUCUCCUGUGAAAAAAGAAAGUACUGCAACACCAAGUAACAAAUUGGGGUCUGUUAAAAAACUGUCUGAUUCAGAGACAGGACGAUCACGUUCAGUUACCAGAAGGUCAAUGAGCACGCCAUCCAGGGAUGGUUCAGCUGAUGGCAUAAAAAAACCUGGUGUUAGAUCAGACAGGAAACAGCCUCAAUCAAGGGAUUCAUCUAUUGAUAGUGUUAGAUCAAGGAAGAGCACCAGAACACAAAGAGAUACAUCUAGAGAACUGUCUGUAGAUAGUGUCCGAUCAUGUCAAAGUACAAGAAGUUCAUCUAGAAGCAAAAUGGUUACAGAGAAAGUCAUAGGAAAGAGAGAUGAGAAAGAAUCUGAUACAAAAAGUGGAUCUCGUCUUUCCACUCGUCAGUCUACUAUAAAGGAUUCACAAGAUUCAACAAAUGAAAACAUAGCUAAUAUCAAAUCACCAAGUGACUUUGCUGUAAAUCAGUCAGCAAAUAAAUCUUCAGAGUUGCUACAAACAAAAACAUCAGAAGAUACGUUACUAAAAUUAUCUUCCUUAAAAGAUGCCGAGAGCAAACCUGGUGAAAAGUCGAAUAGAAAAAAUGUCAAGAAUUCACCAACACAAAAGCCUGAUGGCAAAAAAUCUUCUCCAAUUUCUAAAAAUUCACCUAAAGAUGAGAAACAAUCCCGUAAAGUUGCACCAUCUAAGAAAAGUCCAGGAAAGGAUGAAGUUGAUGGCACAAAGCAAGGAGGCCAAGUGCAGAAAGUAAAACCUAAAUGGUCCACUAAAAAUUGGACUGAUAGAAAACCUGUUGAUCCUUUGGAAACUCCAAAGAGUGUGACAAAGCGUGGAACUAGUGUGAACACAGUGAAAGUGUCGAAAAAUGACGGAAAAUUAAAAGGAGUAACAAAACAUAAAGUAAUGAAAGCAAAAGCCAGGUAUGCUACAAGGUCAAUGAAGACUAGCAUACAGACAGCCAAGAAAAUUGGUGAAUUAAAAAAGAGGUACUCCACUAGGAUCUCUGCAAAGAAAAAUGAUGAUGAUUCUAAAUCUCAGGACUCAGUUGAAGUGGGAAAAUCUAAAAAUUCUGAUAAAAGUAAAGAUAAUAUUAGUGAACAGAGGCCUGUAGGCAAAAGUCAAACUCCACCAAAUUCAGAUAAAAAAUGCAAUCCAAAAGAUGGGGAGAAAAGCAUAAAAGGGAAACUUACAGAGGAAGUUAAAAUGUCUCCAGUCACUGAUAAAAAGAUGAAGACAGUUAAAACUUCUCCAGCUUCUAGUCAGAAAGGUAAAAUUGAAGCACCUGAAAAAUCUGAUAAACGGAAAUCAGUUGGUAAAAAUCAAACAUCUACAGAAGUAAAAACAAAGACUGUUGAAGCUGAAAAAAUAUCUACAAAGUCAUCAGAAAGCAAAAGUGUAAAGGAAGAGAAUGUUGGUACUAGCGAUGAAGCUAAAUCAAGUGAUGUGACCGUAUACUCCCACAGACCAAGGAUAGCUUCAGAUAUGGAAGGAGUAAAGAUCAUAGAGGAAAUAUGGGUCAGCAAAGAAAUAGGUCAACCAUUACAGAGUGUCAAAUGUAAAAAGACGAUUAUAGACUCACCCAAAAAGUCAAAAGCUGGAAGGAUGUAUGUAGUUGAUUCAGCCGACACUGAUUCAGACAAAUCAAAAUGUCUAGAUUUUAGCCGAAUAAAUCAUUUGGUGGAUUACAAAAAUAACAAAUGUCUACAGUGUGGACUUGAACUUACAGAUAUUUCUAGUCUACGUAGACAUGCAGUCCGGCAUCUUGGAUGGAAGAGGUAUAAAUGUAGGCUUUGUGCCUACACUGGAUUUAACAGGUCAGAGUGCAACUCUCAUAUAAAAAGACGACAUGCAGAAAAACUCAUUGCCAGCUCGUCUCCAUUGUCUUCAUUUAUCAUAGACUUGAAUAAGGAAGCGUCAGAUGUUCGUAACAGAAAAAAGAAAUCUACAAUGAAAAAGAAAACUAUUGCAGAAAAGAAGUCAGAAAAACUUUCUGAUACAGGUCCCAGAACAUUGAGAAAAUCUGUAAGGAAAAGCAUUGCAGAGGAUGGUCAGGCAAGUGAAUCUGCAAACAGCAAGUCGGAAAAAUCUGAAUCAUCAGUCACUGAAAGUCUGCCUGCUAGUAGAGCAAGAUCUAGUUCUGGUCCUCCUGUUGCAAGCACCUCCCUGGAAUCAGAGUCCACUGAUAAUGAGGCUAUAUUAACACGUAAAAGAAAACGAGCAAUCAGUGAAGAAAGUGUUGUUAUGGAAACAAAGGGAGAUGAUUUGACUCUGAUGUCAACUUCAGAAGCAUCUGAACAGUCUAAACUACAAUCUGAUUCUAUGAACAAGUCUAUUGAUGAUAAUUUAGAUGACUUGGAAGAAGAACUUCGUAGUGUUUCUGAUUAUGAGGAUAAUAAUGAACCACCACAGAGAAAUGUUGUAUCACCCACAUGGACCAAAAUGAAUGCAAAUGUGGCUUUAAUGAUGGCCACACUUGAGGAGGCAAGAGCUACAAAGUUCUCAAGAGGGAAGCGAGGCAGAGGAGGCCUUCGUAAAUUUAGUCCUCCACUUCGCAAAUAUACCCGUCUGAGUACAGAUGAUUCAAUAGAUCAAGAUGCAAAUUCAUUGAAGGAUAACAAUGAAGAGUUGUCUCCCUUAGAUAGUAAUGUAAAUAAAAACUCUGAUUCUAAGAUGGAAAAAGAAAAAGAAAAAAUGGAGGAAAAUGCUAUUGAGGAAUCUCCACAAAAUCCACAAUCUACAGAAAACAACAAAAUAGAUGAAAAACCGUCGUGUGAAAAGUCUGAAAAAUUUCAAAGUGACUCAUCAGAGAUUGAAACAUUUUCGAAAGAUGAAAAAAAUACUGAGAUAAAGGAACCACCAGAAAAGGAAAGUAGUGAAGAAAAUAAGAAAACUGAAUCUACUGCAAAUGAGGAAGUGAAAUAUACUGAUAUGGAAGAGGUCGAUUCCUCUGUUAAUAAGGAUGAAGAAAAUGAUAUGAAAGGAAACGAGCAGUCUUCAGAGGAUGAAAAAAUGCAAAUAGUAAAAUCUUAUGAGCAGUCAGUGAAAUUAGAUGUGCAAUCCGAAAAAUCAGAUGUUGAAUCGGUAAAAUCAGAUGUGCAAUCCGAAAAAUCAGAUGUGGAAUCAGUAAAAUCAGAUGUGCAAUCAGUGAAAUCAGAUGUGCAAUCGGUAAAAUCAGAUGAAGUUGAUGCUGAAAAGGUUAGUAGUGAAAUAGUUGAUGUGGCAGAAGCCAGUACAGACAACAAAGUUCAAGAAGAAACAAAUACAGAGUCUGGUGAAGAAAUAUCAAAAUCAGGAGAAGAAUCAAAACAGGACUUGAAAGAAUCUAAAAUAGAAAACACAGCUGCAAAGGUCGAAGGUUGUCAGACUUAACUUGUUCUUUGUGAUUCUUUAUUUAGUUUAGAAAUACAACAUGUACAUAAAUGAAAUAUAUAAUACAGUAAAUUCACAAAUUAUUGCAUCAAUUUAUUUUUGUAAUUGUUGUGCAAUGGACAAAAGUUUGUGAUUAAUUAUUGUGAUUUCAGGAAAUGGUGUAUACAAUAAUGCAAUCAAAAUUCAAAAUGCAAGUUUUUAUUUUUUCUGAUACCUGGUCUGUUGUUUAUUUAAACAUACUAUUAAAAUUUCUGAAUUAA